AUGGCAAAAAAACCAAAAUCCAGAAUUAUUCUUGUAAAACUAUUAUCUACUGUUGGUACUGGUUGGUUUUAUACUGCAAAUCGUCCUCGAUUAUCGCCAAAACUAUCUUGUAUCAAGUUUGAUCCUAGAGUAAAUAAAAGAGUACUUUUUGAAGAAGUUAAAAUAAAGUAA